AUGUGGAAAGAGAAAGAAGCUAUUGGAAAAGCAACAAUUCGACAUGCUGAAGAAGACAUUCAGCACAGGUGGAAUAGAGAAAUUCAAUUCGAUCGAGAGAAUACUCUUCAUCUAGUUAUAAAUUUGGAAACAAAUAAUGUCGACGGUGGCGAGGAUAAAGUUGUUGUUGAUGAUGAUGAUGUUAUUCCCAUUAUUCACCGAAUAUCGUGGUCAUGGGCUGUAUGCUCGUUCGCCCUCCUGGCAGUGGCGUACUCCAGGGGCGACCCCUAUGAGUACAACGUCACCUCCUACACCCGCAACCUACCCGACGAGAUCCGACCGAUCGUGAGUCGAGCCCUGAGGGUGGAGAGGGCGGCGACGCACCCCAAUUUCAGCAGCUCGGACUGUCACCCCGACGACCAGAUCUCGUGCCCGCCCAUGAAAUACCGAAGGCCCUCGGGCGAGUGCAACAACGUGCGCCACCCCAAGUGGGGCAACAGGGGGUCGGCGUUCCUCAGGCUGCUGCCGCCUAGCUACGCGGACGGUGAGUAA